UUUUUUUUUUUAAUCUUAAAACAGAAGUGUAGUAUUGACUAUUGACUAUUGAGUAUUGACUGCAUUGUUAAUCUUAAAACUUAAAAGUUAAAACAAAGUGUAGUAAUUUUUUUUAAUCUACUGAUGUGUAUUGACUGUAUUGACUGUAUUUUUUUUUGUGUGUGUGUUACUGGUGUAGUCUAUACUGAUAUAAAAUGUCAAUGAAUCCCACUCAUAUUCCAUCUUCGGAGGCCUCUAAUUCUGCGCCGCUAUUGAAAAGAAAUUCAGUUGAUGUUGGAUGGGAUUAUGGAGUUAUUGUGGAUCCUAGCAAUAAGGACCGCCUACAAUGCCUUUUGUGUGGGAAUCAGUAUACUGGUGGGGUUAGUAGGAUGAAAAGACACAUAGCUCAAAUUAGGGGAGAUGUUGCCUCAUGCAUUAAGGCAAGCAAGGAAGAUAUAUUAAAGUGUAAGAAGGCAAUUGAUGAUAAUGCAGCUAAGAAAAAAAACAAGAAGAAAGCAGCCUUGGAAAUUAGGGAGGAAGUGAAUAUAGUAGGUGAUGAAUCCGAAGGUGAUGAGAUUGAAAAUGUGGCGGUGGGAUCAAAGAAGAGGCCCUAUGUUCUUGGUCCCAUGGAUAGAUAUACAGAUAUCAAUCCCGAUUCUUCUGACACGAGUGGAUUUAAGAAGAUGAGACAACCAAACAUAAAUGAUAGCUUUUGGAAGGAGAAGAGUCAUAAAGUGAGUCAAUACUUGGCUCGAUGGGUGUACGAAGCCGGCAUUCCAUUUCAUGCCAUAGACAAUGAUAGCUUCAAACGUUUUGUUGAAGCAGUUGGUCUAUUUGGCCCGGGAUACCAACCUCCAAGCCAAUACCAACUAAGGGAACCAUUGUUGAAGGAGGAGGUGGAGAGAACCAAAACAUUACUCAAAAAGCAAGAAGAAGAGUGGGCUUCGACAGGUUGCUCUAUCAUGACAGAUGCUUGGACAGACCGAAAAAGGAGAAGCAUUAUGAACUUGUGCGUUAAUUGUAAGCAAGGGACUUGUUUUCUUUCUUCAAAGGAAGAUUCAGAGGCGUCACACACGGGGGUGUAUAUCUUUGACUAUGUUGACAAGUUCAUUGAAGAUAUUGGGGCACAAAAUGUAGUUCAAGUAGUGACGGACAACGCAUCCAACAAUAUGGCCGCGGCAGAUUUGCUAAAGAUCAAGAGGCCUAACAUAUUUUGGACCUCAUGUGGCACCCACACAAUUAACCUCAUGCUUGAAGGAAUUGGUAAGCAAUCCAAGUUUAAAGCAACUAUUGACAAGGCCAAAGCGUUCACUAUAUUUGUUUAUGCUCAUCAUAAUACAUUGGCGAUGAUGAGAAAAUAUACGAAGAAGAGAGACAUAGUGAGGCCGGGUGUUACUCGAUUUGCUACAUCAUUCUUGACUUUACAAAGUUUGAUGGAAAAGAAACAAGAAUUGCGAGCGAUGUUUAGUAGCAAUGCAUGGGGUGAGAGUAAAUGGGCUAAGAGCCCAAAGGGAAAAACGGCAUAUGCUACCGUGAUGAGUCAGGCAUUUUGGAAUGGCGUAACCUUAUGCUUGAAAGUGUUUGGUCCGUUGGUGAUAGUUCUUCGACUUGUUGAUGGGGAUCGUAAGCCCUCAAUGGGCUUUGUAUAUGGAGAGCUCACAAAAGCAAAAGAAGAUAUCAAAGCGGCAUACAAGCAAGUUGAGACUAACUACCGGCCAAUACUAGAUGUCAUUGAUGGGAAAGCUAAGGGUCGGCUAGAUAGUGCAUUGCAUUUGACAGCUUACUUUUUGAAUCCUUUUUACUUCUUCAACAAUUCUACCAUUCAAGAUGAUCCUAUCAUUAUGGAUGGGGUUCUUACUUGUGUUGAAGCUUUCUUUCCCGAUGAUGUCAAUGUUCAAGAUGAAGUCAUCAAUCGAGAGUUGUUGAAGUACAAGAACAAAGAAGGUGGAUUUGGAAGACCAUUAGCCGCAAUGGGAUGUGCGACGAACAAUGACUCUUAUGAUCCGGGUAAAUAAGUAGUUACUUUCCUUCUUAGUAUUAUUCUUUUUGCUAAGUUACUUAGUUACUUAGUACUAUUUUUUUGUGUGCUUUCUCUCAUGACUAGUUGGAUGGUGGUCUAACUAUGGCAAUCAUACACCCAAUUUGAAAAGAAUGGCCACUCGAAUUCUCUCUUUGACUUCAAGUUCAUCGGGGUGUGAGAGAAAUUGGAGCACUUUUGAGGGAAUACAUACAAAGAAAAGGAAUAGACUAGAUGCGACAAGGUUGAACAAUCUAGUCUAUGUCCAAUUCAAUGCCAAACUCAUCAACAAUAAAAGAAAUGGGAAGGAUGUAUUACGUACUAAAGAAUCAACAAAUGCACAAGGAUGGCUAGUUGAAGGUGGUGACGAGGAAGUUGACCCGGUUUCGGGACUUACAUGGGAGGUAAUUGGGGAAGCUACGGGAGCGGAUGAAGUCCUUCAACCUAGAAGGACUACUAGAAAUAUUGGAGUACGAGAACUACAUGAGGAAGAUUUUGUGUCGGAGGAUGAUACCGAAGAGGAGGUAGAUGAGGAUUUUGAGUGUGAGUCCGAUGGAGAAGAAGUUAUGCAUGGAUAUGGAGAAGAAGAGGAUGAGUAAUUGACUAAUAAUUUCGUACUUGAUUUCAUUUGGUUUGAACGUUGAAAUUUGUAAUUGACUAGUAAUUUUCCGUACUUGUUUUCAUUUGGUUUGAACGUUGAAGUUUGUAAUUGACUAGUAAUUUUCCAUACUUGAUUUUAUUUGGUUUGAACUAUGAAUAUUGAACUUCUAUGUCUCUAUAUUUGAAAUGUAGAGAAGUGUUAACAUUGAGUAUCCGAUAGCCAAAGAGAACUAAGAAAUUUUUUGGGAGAGAAGAUAUAUCACAUAAACUAGAAAAACUGUGAUUAUUAAUGUCAGGGACUCUAGGGAGGUUGUAGAAUAUUUAUAAAUAAAAAAAAAAAAAAAAAAACCCGACUAAUUGCUAAAAGGCGAUUAAUGGCCGAUUAAUGGGUCUCGAAGCUUGAAGGUGGUCGGCCGCCCGCCUAGCGCCGAGCGCUUUUUAGAACAUUGAAAAUUUACC